AUGACACCGGUUUGUAGCGCCUCCUUCUUUCGCAUUAUAACGUAGAGUAAUUUGUAAAUAGGGUGUUGGGUAGGAAUUGGGACAUUUUUGGUACGUUUAAGUGUGUAAAUUGGUCGCUCGAUCGUUAUUGUAAAGAUCUAUAAGGUUUUUAAUAAUCUCGGUGGUCGGCAGCCCCCUUAAAAUGCCAGCUGUUCGAGGAGAUGGCAUGCGAGGCCUUGCAGUAUUUAUAUCUGACAUAAGAAACUGCAAGAGCAAAGAGGCGGAAAUAAAAAGGAUCAACAAGGAAUUAGCUAACAUACGAAGUAAAUUUAAAGGUGACAGAACCUUAGAUGGGUACCAAAAGAAAAAAUACGUCUGCAAACUUUUAUUCAUAUUUCUUUUGGGUCAUGACAUCGAUUUUGGACACAUGGAGGCGGUCAACCUCUUGUCUUCUAACAAAUACUCAGAGAAACAGAUUGGUUAUUUAUUCAUAUCUGUGCUAGUCAACACAAACAGCGAGCUUAUAAAACUGAUUAUACAGAGCAUUAAAAACGAUUUGCAAUCCAGAAAUCCUAUCCAUGUUAAUUUAGCUUUACAAUGUAUAGCAAAUAUUGGCAGCAAAGAAAUGGCUGAAGCUUUUGGCAACGAAAUUCCAAAACUGCUAGUAUCAGGGGAUACUAUGGAUGUAGUGAAACAAAGCGCUGCUUUAUGUUUAUUGCGAUUGUUUCGUACCUCCCAAGAAAUCAUACCAGGAGGCGAAUGGACCUCCAGAAUAAUACAUUUGCUUAACGAUCAACAUAUGGGUGUAGUUACGGCCGCAACCAGUUUAAUAGACGCAUUGGUUAAGAAAAACCCUGAUGAGUACAAAGGUUGCGUGUCUUUAGCAGUUUCAAGAUUAAGCAGAAUUGUAACAGCUAGUUACACAGAUUUACAAGAUUACACAUAUUAUUUUGUGCCAGCACCAUGGCUCUCUGUAAAAUUAUUAAGAUUGUUACAAAAUUAUACUCCCCCAGCUGAAGAUCCCGGCGUUCGAGGUCGUUUAAAUGAAUGUUUAGAUACUAUAUUGAACAAAGCGCAAGAGCCGCCGAAAUCUAAGAAAGUACAACAUUCGAAUGCUAAGAAUGCGGUGCUUUUUGAGGCAAUUAGCCUAAUCAUUCAUAAUGACAGUGAGGCGAAUUUGUUGGUGCGCGCUUGUAACCAAUUGGGUCAGUUUUUGAGUAAUAGGGAGACGAAUCUCCGAUAUUUGGCGUUGGAAUCGAUGUGUCAUUUGGCUACGUCUGAAUUUUCGCACGAAGCUGUUAAAAAACACCAAGAAGUGGUGAUUUUGUCGAUGAAAAUGGAGAAGGAUGUGUCGGUAAGGCAACAGGCUGUUGAUUUGUUGUACGCGAUGUGCGAUAAAACUAACGCGGAAGAAAUCGUACAAGAAAUGUUGAAUUAUUUGGAAACUGCCGAUUAUUCGAUUCGCGAAGAAAUGGUUUUAAAAGUUGCUAUUUUAGCUGAAAAAUAUGCAACCGAUUAUACUUGGUAUGUUGACGUGAUUUUAAAUUUGAUUCGAAUAGCUGGAGAUUACGUUUCUGAGGAGGUUUGGUAUAGAGUUAUCCAAAUAGUAAUAAACCGCGAUGAAGUGCAAGGAUAUGCCGCUAAAACAGUCUUCGAAGCUUUACAAGCCCCCGCCUGUCAUGAAAACAUGGUUAAAGUUGGCGGAUAUAUUUUAGGAGAGUUUGGUAACCUUAUAGCAGGGGAUCACCGCUCUUCGCCGUCCGUACAAUUCCAAUUGCUCCACUCAAAAUAUCAUUUGUGUUCUCCAAUGACUCGCGCUCUUCUACUUUCAACUUACAUCAAAUUCGUAAAUUUAUUCCCUGAAAUUCGUACUCAAGUUCAAGAUGUCUUCAAACAACACAGUAAUUUACGUUCAGCUGACGCUGAGCUUCAACAACGAGCUUCUGAAUACUUGCAAUUAAGCAUUAUAGCUAGCCCAGAUGUUUUAGCAACCGUUUUGGAAGAAAUGCCAGCGUUCCCAGAACGGGAAAGCUCCAUUUUAGCCGUACUAAAAAAGAAGAAGCCAGGACGUGUUCCUGAAAAUGAAAUUAAAGAAGGAAAAAGUCCCACUCCGGCCACAAAUCACAAUAACGACGUAAAUAACUCAACUUCAACCGUAUCAGGCGAUUUACUUGGAUUAUCAACACCUCCAACAUCACAACCUGGUAGCGGAAAUACCGGGGUGCUUCUAGAUGUUUUAGGCGACAUUUACGGAAAAUCGAACAGCGCCACACAAAAUAAUAUGUAUAAUCCGAAAAAAUUCGUUUGCAAAAACAAUGGAGUCCUUUUUGAAAACGAUCUCAUUCAAAUCGGCGUAAAAAGCGAAUUUCGUCAAAACUUGGGACGUCUUGGAUUAUUCUACGGAAACAAAACUUCCUUACCUUUGCAAAAUUUUGUUCCUACAUUAUUGUGGAACGAUGAACAAGCUUCCAAAAUGAGUAUUCAAAUCAAACCUGUUGAACCUACUUUAGAAGCUGGCGCGCAAAUUCAACAGAUGUUGAACGCUGAAUGUAUUGAUGAUUAUACAGAUGCACCAAGUAUGGCCAUAUCAUUUACUCAUAAUAACGUUUCUCAAAAGAUAAACUUAAAGUUACCUUUAACAAUAAAUAAGUUCUUUGAGCCAACGGAUAUGAAUGGCGAAUCGUUCUUUGCGAGAUGGAAAAAUUUAGCCGGUGGUAAUCAACAACGCUCGCAAAAAAUUUUUAAAGCAUCAACUCCAAUGGAUUUGCAAGCUGCUCGAACGAAAAUAAUGGGAUUUGGAAUGCAACUUUUAGAUGGAAUAGAUCCGAAUCCGGAUAAUUUUGUUUGCGCGGGUAUAAUACAUAUGAGAACCCAACAGGUUGGGUGUUUAUUACGUUUGGAACCAAAUAAGAACGCUCAGAUGUAUAGAUUAACUGUGCGUUCCAGUAAAGAAAGCGUUUCGGUUGAAAUUUGUGAUCUCUUAGCCGAUCAGUUUUAAUUAGUAGAUUCCCAUAAACAAAAAGAUUAAAUAAUAACAUGAGGGUGCAUUCCAUUGAGUUCUAAUUGAAAAAAAUUCGGGUCAAAACGAACGAACAAGCUUGUAUUUUUUAUUUUUUAUUUUUUUUUUGUUGAAUACGCUUCUGUGUAACUUAGAGUUCGCUAACGAAAAAUGGCAAAGAACAAAAAAUGAGACAAUAUUAUAAAAGUAUUUCAACAGUUUCAUAACAUAUAUUUGAAUACAUUAAAUGUAUUUUCUAAUAUCAGUCUUGUGGGUCCAUAUUCGAGUGCGUUUUGUUUAAACCCGUUCGAUACGAACUCGUGAGACAUAGUUAAAGAAGUUCUAAUUUGUGCCCUUAUGUCAGAUUUAAGGCAAACGCAUGGUUCCCUGGAGGAGUCGUCUCUUUCGGAAUCAGGGGGAAGACUCAAAUAAUAAUCUCGAAAUUCUAGCAAAACACUUAUAACCAAAUUUCUAUUAUUAAUAUAUUAUUAUUUUACACGUUUAUUUAAAAAUAGCCGUUAAGAUUAUUAACGAUUUAAAACAAAUCUAAACGACGACGUGUUAUUAUUUGUAUAUGUUGAUUGUAUAAACCAGUAAAGAAAAUGCUUAUAUCUAUAGUACGUAGUCUACGUGUAUUGUCUAUAGAAAUUCCAUUAUAGUUAUCGUUUUUCCGACAUAAGUUAUUCCUAUUUUUUUAUAUAUCAGUACUCAUGCAUGAAAUGCAUUUCAUGUACAACUAUGUUAUGUGUAAUAUACGAUCCAAAUUUAA